AUGCAGCUAAUCACAGCAAGGAGUCGACCAGUCCUCAGGAGCGCUCAGCUCUGCCUCCGCUACCGCUAUACGGUCAUGAAGGCUAGAGACACCAACCGCCUCAAUGUGUUGCGCGGUCUGCUGGCCGAAGUCACCAAUGCCGCAAAAACCGCGCAACCCCUCGGCACAGACUUGAAGCUUCUUGGGCUGUUGCGCGAGCGUUCGUCCGCGGCCGCGCAAGCAGCCGAGGAAUUUUCGAACGCUGGAAGAGCAGACUUGACGGAGAAGGAAAUUGCCGCCAUCAAGGUGUUGGAGGAGUACACCGGCAACGUCGAGACUGUCAGCGAGGACUACAUCAAUGAUGUUGUGCAGAGCACUAUCGACAGCAUCAAGGCCGAGGCCCAGGGUGCAAGGUCGUCCGCUUUCGAGGGCAAGCCUGUCGAGGAAUUGCAGGUCGCAAAGGCCGUCAGACAAAUCUUGGGCGCAAAGUAA